AUGAUAUCAGCUACGCGACGAUGGUUCCGCCGUAAUAGAACCCCAAUAGCCAUUGGUGCCAGUGUUGUUGGCGCUGGCUACUUGGCUACUCAAUAUGUGCUGAACAAGAUCAAUGACGCGCGCGAGCGCAUGAGUAGCGACCGCAUCGCGAAAGAGAACCUUCGACGUCGGUUCGAGCAGAAUCAGGAAGAUUGCACAUUCACCGUUCUUGCGUUGCUGCCGACCGCAACGACAAACAUCCUCGAGACCAUGAAUACCGAAAGGAUCACGCUCGAGAUCCAGCAGAUGAAGGGCAGCAAGGCUCGGCGUAAUAACCCUGAUUCAUCAGGUCCACCUCCCAGCAUUGCUGAUACUACUUUGACCGAAGAAGAAGGUAAAAGUAUCGCCAGUCUACCGAGCGAUAACGGUGCGUUCAAUAGCCAGAUGACGAGAUCAUCUGUGUCCAAUGCGGGAGAGGGCUCUCAAGAUGGCGGUCAACAGUCCGCGCAGAGAUUGAGAAAAACGAAGAGACAGUUAUGGGAUGAUUUAACGAUAAGCUCAAUAACGCGUGCGUUUACACUCGUAUACACUUUGACCCUUCUUACUAUGCUCACCCGUGUCCAACUUAACCUCCUGGGCAGACGUAGCUACUUAUCCAGUGUAGUAUCUCUAGCAACAGGAACAACACAGUCGACGAUAAACUUGGAGAAUAAUGACGACGAUAACCCAGAACACGCGUAUGGAAGCGACUUUGAGACGAAUCGGAAAUACUUGACCUUUAGCUGGUGGCUACUCCACCGCGGUUGGGUCGAGAUCAUGGAGAACGUCGAGAGCGCCGUUCGCGACGUCUUUGGGCACCUUAGCCCCCGAGACCUGCUGAGCUUCGACACCUUCUCGCAGCUCACGCUCGAGGUCCGCAAGAAGAUGGAGAGCAGGCCAGAAGGAACCGAUGAAUCGAGACCGGGCUCCAAGUGGCUACCGUUUUUGCUGCCCCCUACUAAGAUGGAAGACUUUGUCCUCCGGGAGUCGGGCGUAUUAGGCGACAACGUGUCUAACCAGCCGGAUAGUUCAUCGACGUCAGCAUCAUCAGAGGUGGCUCUCCGUCGUCUCCUGGACGAGACUUCGGACCUCAUCGAGUCUCCUCCCUUCACGCGCGUCCUAACGCUCCUCCUCGACGCCAGCUUUUCCACUCUCCUAUACAAGAAAGUGCUGCCGGGCGCCUUCGAGACACCAGGAGCACCUUUCACCGCGCCUCCCUCGCCAGACAUGGGAGCGCUAGUUGGCCAGCAGGCCGCCGUAAGAGCGGCGGGCUCGAAGGUAGUCCUGCUCCCUAAGAUCCUCUCGGUGCUCACGCGACAGGCCCAUGCCAUCGGCAACGGCAUGCCGAACGAGUACCUACAGGAGAUGGAGCAGGUCCGCGACCUAGAGGCCUUCGCCGCCGUAGUCUACUCGAGUAACUGGGAAAACGAGAUACAGGACUCGGAGAACCUAGCCGCGGCGCGAGCCGCCGAAGAGGCGACGGGCAGCAGCAGUUAUCUACACGUCCCAGAGGGUAGCGCCGUGGGCCGGUUCUCGCAGGUUUCGACUGUAGGCGAGGAGAGCAUGGUCAUAGUCGACCCGUCGCAGUCGCAGUCGCAGUUCUCGCAGACGCCGUCCUCUUUCGAGACGGCGUGGGAGCGAGCGAUGGAUCGAUAG